GCACAGUGCCCGCAGUCAACCCCCCGCCCCCGCCUGCAUUCUUCACCACCACCACCACCACCACCACCACUUCCACUCCGAAACCAAAACCAAAACCAAAACCAAAACCAGAGCCGCUCCUCCACUUUCCCUCCAUAACCGCCGCCACCAUGGCCUCGUCGAUCGCGAUCUCGCCGUCCCCGUCCCCGUCCCCGUCCCUGGCCGCCGCGGCCGCCCCCGUCCCCGCCCCCGCCCCCAGGACCGUCACCCUCCUGCAGCAGUCCCCCUCGCCGUCGAGGUCCGCCGUGAGCUUCAGCCCCCCGCUGAUCGCGAUGGUCGCGGUGGUCGCCGCCGCCUUCCUCGUCGUCUCCUACUCCCGCCUCAUCUCCCGCCACCUCCUCCGCCUCCACCGCCGCCUCUCCUCACGCCGGCGGCGGCGGCGGCGGCGGCGGCUCUACCUCCCGUCGUCCGCCUCCUCCUUCGACCUCAGCUCCCCCCCGCCCUUCUUCGACUCGCCCGACGGCGACGGCGGCGGCGGCGGGGCCUUCCACGUGUACUCGCCGUACGGCCUCGACGACGCGGUCAUCAAGACGAUCCCGCUCUCCCUGUUCACCGCCAAGGGCCACGACCACCGGGCCCGGGACUGCGCGGUUUGCUUGCUGGAGUUCGAGGAGGGCGACUACGUGCGGACCCUGCCGGCGUGCGCCCACGCGUUCCACGUGGACUGCAUCGACAUGUGGCUCCGAUCGCACGCCAACUGCCCCCUCUGCCGCGCCGGGAUAUUCCUCCCGCCGGCUUCUCCGUUUGUGCCUCUGAUGGCGGCGAGGAUUCGGCCGAGCCUCGACGAGGACGCGAUCCUCCGCGACAUCAUCUUCGAGGAACCGCUCGCCGCCGCGACGGAAGCGAGCCCAAACAACCCGAACGGCCACCCCAGCAACAACGCGAACGGGACGACGGUCACGGAGAUCGUCGAAGAGCAAUCGCCUCCGCCUCGAAGGAUGACCCCGUUAUCGGAGGACCGGGCGAGCAACACGAGGGACUUCCUGCUGAAGCGAUCCUAUUCGUUCGGCUUCGAGAGGAGCCUGGCGUCGGAGAGGCUGGUGCUGGAGCCGGUGACGGCCUCGCCGUGGAGGUACCGACGGGGGGGCGCCGGGGCGUUCUGGAGCAAGAGGCUGUCGCCGUUCGGGUCCUUGCCGAAGCCCAGGGUGUUCUCGUUCCGAUACUACAGGGGAAUGAAGUCGCCGUUCUUCAAGCGGAGAGGAGGAGUAGGAGGAGGAGUAGGAGGCGGAGGAGGCGGAGGAGGAGGAGGAGGGGGCGGCUUCUACCCGCUGUCGGAGUCGAGCGUGAGGUUCUCGGGAGGCGCCAGCGGAGGAGGAGGAGGGGGAUCGUCGCGGCGGAGCAAGUCGAUCACGAGCCCCAUGUUCGCGAGGCCGUCGGCGGCGUUCUCGUCGAGCCGGCUGAGGUGCGGCGAUCCCGAGGCGCUGCUGUCGCCGGAGCGGUUCAGCAGGAGGUAGUGGGGACGGGGGACUGGGGACUGGGGAGGAACUUCAAAUUUUAGACCGGCGACCGGAGCGGAGGUUUUCAAGCCCGGCCGACACGUGGACGGCCAGGAUGCGAUGCUGUGGGGAGUGCGGGGUGGGAGGGACGGCGGGUGAUGGACCGGGGGGAGUGCGGGGGAAGUGGGAAAUGGGGUCAACGAAGUGCUUUCAAUGGACACGACUGAGGGAGAUGAAAAUGGGGGUGUCUGCAAAAGAAUUUAAUUUUUAUAAAAUUUUAACUUAUAUUGAAUUGAAUUUUUUUUUUUUUUUUUUUGUUUUUUUGAGAAGAGAGUCGAAUUAAUGGGGAAGCAUUAAAUGGCGGGGAGGUGGAGAGGGUGGGGGACAGAGGAGGGAGGUGGGGAGGUAAUCAAUGAGGGGGAGGGCGAUUGGUGCAUUGAUUAUUACUGGGUUUUUGGUCCUUUUUGAAGACGAAAUCGAAAUAGAAAUCGAAAUCGAAAUUGAGAUUGAGAAUUGUGGUUUGUGAAGUCGCGACGAGAUGCGCAUUUUCCUUGGGGCCAAAGGGCGAAGGGCAAUUGGCGGGAGGAAUUAAAGGAGGAAACGAACGGCACAAGGUGAAGUCCUUUCUUUCCGUCUUUUGUAGAAAUUAAUGGACAGUGAGUUUACUAAAGUUCUCGCUUUUGCUUUGGCCAGCCGCCCGGCCUCGAGAUGAAUUUUGCAAAAGUUCUUUCGAGUUGGAAAAUUGUUAAGGGGUCGUGGUGUUAGAUUCCUGUCGGUAAAAAAAGGGGAGGGGAUUUGAUUGCUUCUAUGUGCUCUGUGUUGUUACGUUCUUGGAUUUAUUGUCCUUGUUGCACCUGUUGUGUUAAAACCCAUCAUCAUAAUCAUCAUCAUUAUCAGCUCAUGUGUUACACAACUCCAUCAGCUCAUAAUCAUUACGUUUGGGGGGAGAACAAAACUACUGUUGGAAUCUUUUGGGCUAGUCAAAGAUCUCAGUUCGGACAACCUUGGAAUUCCCAAACUCAUCACUCUUUCUCUCAGUUUCUUUUUUUAUUAUUAUUAUUAUUAUUAAAUUUUAUAACUAACUUGAAUUUUCCAACUAAUGAAACUUGGCGUUUGGGCUUGAUCAGCUUAUUAGUCCCGAAAAAUUCAACGCCUUUGUUUCAGUGCGACACAGCCACCCACCCCCACGUAAAAACCAACGUCCCUUUCCUGAAUCACCGGUCCACACGUUUUUUACAGAACAAAUUGAAUAUGAACAGUGGUCAAACGAGGCACUUUGGAAAAUGACAUCAAAAGAGCAACACGAGUCGGCAACCACCACGGUGGGAUCGGGCGGACUAAAAAAAAUUCAAUCUACAGUAUGUCGAGCACCAGUGCGUACGCCGGGUAGACGAACAAGAUGAUCAGCCCGACGGUGUUGGAGAUGCCGUUGGCUUUCGUGAACGCGUUGCGGAACCCGCCAGCAGCCCGGAUGUGCUCCUGCAGCAAGUAACACGCGAUGGCAAGGCAGAUCACCACCCCAAUCCAGUCCCCCUUUACGGUGCUGGCGAACAGGCUCGGGGCCACCACUAUCAGGAGAAUCAGAGCGCCGGGCAUCUCCAGCCAAUCUGUCAAAACGGAUGAUUGAAGGAUCGAUGGCUCGAAGCCUAUACAUACCUGGGAAGUGCCGGGGAAA